AUGCAAAAAAAAGGCUGGACCUGCCAGCCGGUCCAACGCAAGUCGCCGUUCCGCCAGGGAUCUACGGCAGGCUUGGACGCCAGCUUCUCAGGAAACCAGGCUUGGGUGAGCAGUGAGCCCAAGCGGUGGAAGUCACUCUUGAGCCAGCAGCAGACCUCUGAUGGGCUGGAGGAGCCGACACGCCACCUCGUUCAGGUUGCUUACGUGGAGAAUUACGGGGUUCUGUCGUCCCCGGCGGAGACUAGUGGAGGAGCAUGGAUACAAACUGGCUCGUCAUCGUCGAGCUCUCCUCGUUCACAAUCAACAACUCAGGUUGGGCAAAGUGAAGUGGACAAGGGGCAUUUGCUCGCGACGCAAGGGGAUACCACGCUGCAACGCUUAAGCUCAGGGCAUUUGCAAGAAAGCACGGGAUCAUCCGACGCGCGUUCGGCCCUGGCUGGCCAGGUUCGCCAAGGAGCCCGUGGAUCAGCAUUUGUAUCAAGUCCUUCGAGUGAACUCAGACGCAGGCAUGGCGAGGAGUCACCAAGCUAUUUCGCACACCAAGCAUUCUUGCAAGAAGCUUGUCUACUUCGAUACUUCAUUGAGGAGAUUUCACCCUGGUUCGAUCAUUGCGAUCAUCUCAGGCACUUUCGAUUGGAAGUCCCUCGGCGAGCACGGCACUGCUCGACCGUGCGAAACGCUAUUUUUGCUGUGUCGGCACGGCAUCUCGUGCGCCUUCCCCGAUACAAAACCCCGCGGGGAAUUGUGUACCAGGGACAAUUACUCCCGGAUAUGGAAGAUGCCACCGCGGUUGAAUACACACUGAGGUGUAUACCCGACCUUGUCAAGUUUCCCGACGUAUCGGACCCAAUCAAUCAAGAGAAUAUUAUGGUCGCUGCAGUCAUCCUUCGCCAGUAUGAGGAGAUGGAGGAAGACAUGGACGACGACGGACCUGCGGAAACUGCCGCACAGAGCCGAGUCAACUUUCUAGCUAUUACUCAAACAAUCAUCGAGUCCAUGAUGUCACAUCGCCUUGAACAGUCGCUGGCAACAGCAGCAUACUGGAUCGCGAUCAGACAGGAGGUAUACUACGCGCUAACAAGACAACGUGCACCGAUCAUGCAGUUCCAGCCCCAGGACUGGAGGAGAGCAUCGGUCGCAAAUAAGUUCAUCAUGCUCGCUAGCGAGGUCACGAAGUGGUUCUGGGAAGACCGAUCGAUCGAUAAAUGGGAGCGGCUUGUGCGGUGUGAGCGGCAACUGGUGGACGCGUGUCGAAGCGAACUCGUGCCUAUCCUCGAAAAGCGAGCGGAAAAGCUGCAGGGCCAGAUUUUUCCGACCAUCUGGUAUAGCUCUGAGGAUCAAGUAACGGCCAGUCAGCACCUGGAGCUAUCUAGAAUGAUCUUGACUGCCGAGAGUCCGCAUCUUGAGAACGCAAACCGGGCGGCACAUCGCAGGACGGAAUCCCAAGUCCGCUCCAUGGUUUUGAAGAUCUGUGGCAUUGCUUUGAAUCACAUCAAUUGCAAACCGGCUCUGGUCAAUGGUGUAAUUGCUGUGACUUUAUACGGGGAGUACUUCACGGAGGCUGAAGAACGAGAUGCUUUGGUGGCAGAAAUCAUCCAUCGAGCUCAAGAAUUAAACGCAUGGCCGAUGCAAAAGCGGCAUGAGCGACUAAAACAGCGAUGGCGCUCCAUGGACGGAUAA